UAGUACACAGUAGUAGUGUGAAUUGUGCCUGACAGCAUCCAAACAGCCAAACUGCCCCUCAGAUCAGGAGUCGUCCGUGCGACAAAGAGCUGCCCCUCACCGUCGUCGCCUGUUCCUUCCUGCCCAAGCUCCCAGGCUUGCCAGGCAACCAGGCUCCCCUCACCGACCCUGGGCUCGUCCCGUCUCAACUCUCGACUCGUCUCGUUUGGUAGCAGUCCAUCGUGCACUUCGCCAGCUCGCUUGGCCAACAUCCAAUGCCACCAGCGGUUGAGCAGAUUGUCCCAAGACGAUCGGCGCCACUCAUCCAAGCAUGCGCAGGUCACGGGUCGUCUCUCGACCUCCGCAUUGUCCAAGGGACAGACAAGGACUGGUCCUGUCUGCAUUAUGGCCGACCGACAGUGGACUAUAACAGUAAACUAUGGACAAGCUCCGACAUGACCCAACCCAGCAGCCCCAGGGGACCGUCGUCUGGUCGGCCGUUCGCCAUCCUCAAGAGAAGAGGCGAGGGCUCGUUGUUGCCCAAUGGCAUCAUCAACCUGCAAGCUCGGUGCUCCCAUAGGGCCUCGUCUCAUGCACAGUCCAGGGCGUCUCCAGGGUCCCUCUUUUUACGCGCAUGGCGCAGCGUACUACAGUACUCCAUACCUUGGAGGAGCCAGAGGGCCUGAGGGCCCGCCCUCUCAACCGGGACAAGGAUAGGCAGGAUGCGACGCUGCUCAUCCUCGACUGUCGCCUAUUACCGCCCAACAACCGCUUGCCCUCUGACCCCUCUGCUCCGGUCCCACAGCCGAUCUGUCAGGCCUGUCCAACUGCUUUUUUUCUCUCUCAUUUGUGGCCGAUGAGACCCCACCACGGACGUCGCGAAAGGCAGGGAGAGAGAGAGAAGACAGAGGCCGAAUUCAUUCGAGGUCCACCUUCAAUCGGCUUUAAAUGGCUCAAUUGCCGUCCAGCAUGUUCGAUGUACAGUUGGUACAGUACAUUGUACACGAUCCACGCACACGCGCCCACGCAUGAGCCUUGUACCUGGCACGGGGCAGCCAGUGUGCACUGCAAAGUACAUAGGGAGGCCUACACCGUGUCUCGGUCGACCUCACAGCUGCCUCACCGUCUGACCCGUUUCGUGGGCUGCCAGGUGGGGUUCUACGACAGCAACUCGCUCGUCAGUCAAUGAUCUACUUGCCUGCUUGCUGGGCCUCCGAGGUUCCCUCUUGGAUCUUGGCUCAGAGCCUGCGCCUGACCCCCACUGCAUGUCACGUAGCAAGCACUGCAGUAUCUUUGUUGCCCAGCCGUGCCCACCGACGCGUGUUGCACUAUCCAGAUACUCCAUCUCACUUAUUACCACGGAUGGGGUUCUGGCACAGCACAACAGCCAACCAACAUUUGCACGCCACUUAAAAUGGUCAAAGAUAGUAUACGGGCAUGCGGGACAGGGCAGGGGGCUGUUAGCAUCUUCGCCUGCAGCUGGUGGGGAGUCAUUUGAUCUUGCCUUGCCCAUCAACAAUCCUGGACCGCUUCCCCAGCUCUGACGACCCCUGCAUCCUGGGAGCGGGUUAUCGUCCACACGUUCUCUCAUUAUUUUCAAGGUACUGCGGCCCAGUCGUCCACCGUCGGCUGCAGUAUGGGCACCGGGCACCGCAGCACGCUCGGCUAAUAACCUAAAUACCUCGCCUCCUCGAAACCAACGACGGUUUUUAAACGCCCGUCUGGACUGCUCCAUCACAAAAGGUGCCCACCACACUCCCCGUCACCCUUAGCGAGCUUACACACGCCUGUCGCCGGGGAGAUCCUUGUACUUCUCACCACCCUCCAACUCCCUCCCCCAAGCCCUCGGAUGCUACCCCAUCCCACCGUCUCGACAUCUUGUUGACAUUUUACCCUUUCCCCUUCGGUCGUGCACGUUUUUUGACUUCAAUUCUCUUUAUUAAUCCCGUGUGCUACCGCGGUGGCACACUCCUCGCCCUUGUCCGCUCUUUUCUGAUUUUCACGGCGCUCCACUUACACGCGCAUGUUUGGCACAUAACACGCCCGCCUCGCAUAUGUUUGGGGCAUUUUGUGGGCAGACUCGCCACCCAUAGACUGCACUCAUCUUCCUCCUAAAGGCCCUCACUCAAACCCGGUGGGUGGGUGUCCUCGCGGAAGUUCAGCCUUCGAUAUCGUCUUUAUCAGAUGAAGGUUGGACCCCACGGGAAUACAUAAUGUGUGUCUGAGAGCGCAGGAAAAAUUGACCUGACAUGGAAUCCUCGAGACUGAGGACGGCGGGCCAUGGGACGACAGGCACGUCAAUUCAGCCCAGGCGUGCAGGCGCCAAUGUGAAUACGCCUCAGAGUGAUUUCACACCUUCUCUGAGCCGGAGGGCCCGUAAGGCGGCAGAGAAUGCUGCGUUGUCCCCCCAAGAUGUCCCGUCUUCUCGGAAUGCGACCAAGAUACCCCUGACUUCGACUCUGCGGACAUCUGCGCAAACACAUGGUCGGAAACCAAGCCUUCACGGCCACUUUUGGGGAUCGAACUCCAGCAACGGGUCCGAAGAUGCCCUUUCCAGCGUUGCCAGCUCCUCAGGCCCCUCAAGCCGGUCUCAAGAGUCAUCCAAGCAACCCAGGAACGUCCUUCGAAGGAAGCAUCCUAGAGUGACCCCCGAGCCCACCAGCAUGCCCUAUCAUUCUCGCAACAGCUCCCUGAUGACCGACUCGACCUCCUCGGUGCCUCGAUCAAAUGUCUCGCUGGACAUACCACAAGACGCGAACAUGGACCGCAAGUUUACCCCGAGCCCAGCAGACCUGCAACCCCAAGACAUGUCUGAGACUCCGGCAACCAACACCCAGCCUGCCACCGUUUACCCUGAGCUCGACCGGUACCGAGAUUACGAACCUCAAGAAGCGUACCGAAACUACUAUGCUGAAGUACCAUACCCAAUAUCGACCGAUUUACCCCCACCAACGCCACUGUUCUCAAGCACGAGCAGCCAACAUAGCGCCUUCAGCGGGAGUCCCUCUACUAGGUUCUCCGGCUCUCCGGGUGGUGGUCCUUACAGUCGAGACACAACCCCAACCUCUAUGUCAUCUCAGUCACCCGGCCUUGUUGUGCCUAUGCGACUCCCAGUUUCCAGGUCUAAGCAGAGUAGUCCUGCGGAUACAAGGCCGCCCGUGACCCGGAGGAGAGCUGGCAGUGCAUCGAAAGACGUUCGGGAUGACUACACUGAACCGGAAGGCUUGUCCAUGGUCAGGGAGUCUGUGAACUCCUCAUCGUCGGCCUCCACGGUGCGAGAAGCCACGCUCAGGGAACAGAGACAGAAGAGGCUCAUCUCUUCACGUGCUCCCAGUCCGCCGCCUCGGGUGUCCUCUGACAGGUUCAAGAAGACCCGGGACCGGGAAGCCGCGCCUACUAGGACGUCGCACGCACCAAGCAAGUCCGUCCCGGUCAUUCCAUCCGCAGCCCGAGUCACGAACGAUGCCCGUCAGUUUGGCGAAGCAUCUGGUGCACCCACACCUCGACCAACGCCACCUAUGAGACCGAGUAGGGAGGGGACCCCAGAUCUACACUCUCAAGUGGGGCUGCCAGUUCCAGUCGUGCACAGCAACCUGUCUUCGACUCAGCUUUCGGAAAGGAGGCGAAGCCUGAACCCCCCUAUCAACACUGCAACUUCCUCCCGCUCCAAUACACCUCUACAAGGUGAUCGGCAACAUCAAGCUCCUGGGCCUAGAAUUGGCAGGGAGGCGACACCAGCCCCUCAAGGUGCUGGAUUGGGUCCUUCGGCUCAAGCAACCAAGUCGGACCCUCGAAAACCUCCUCGGACACCGAGCCCGAGUGUAUCCUCAACCUUCAAGUCUCGGUUCCCCUUGUUUAGCCGCAAAAACAAGUCUAUCUCAGAAGCGCCUCCGUCUAAUGCCUCCGAGAGGAAGGACAGGCCGGCUCGAAAGGGCCCUGCCGCAGGGACCGGCCACGAAGGAUAUGGGCGGCUUGGCCAUGUACGGCGACGCAGCGGCAGCAUGACUAACAACCCUCGUUCAAUCCCUGGGACCAUGUCUUCGCAGGAAAGUCUUGCGAGCUCCCAGUCAGUUGAUCCAUUCUUGGCCGAGCGUAUGAGCCCCGUCGUCAUAGCGGGCGGCGAGAUCAUCGAAAAUCGGAAUGUCAGCUUCGAUGCCAGCCGAACGGGAAGCGAGCAGAACCUGGCGUUGCCCCGACCUAGCCUCGGUUCAAGGAACAACUCCGGAUUAUCCUCAUCAUCACAAGAUGACCGCAACACUCUUUGGCCUUCCGCAAUGCCCCAUCUACCAGGGCCUUCUAUGGGACCCCGGCGUCCUUCUGAAAGCAGCGACUCGGAGGCUCUCCACAUGAAGCCGACUUUGGCCCUACGGCGAUCAAUUCAGAGACUCCAGAACGCAGAUCAAGGAAGCAUGCGUCUGCCCCAGCCCAUAGUUAUCCGAUCCGGAGUGACGACACCAUCCAUGAAAAGCCACGAUACUUCCAUCCUAUCGGAUGAUUCGCUCUACGACCCACGCAGAAUGCAGGGCCCAGCCAAGAUAGACGCUGCACAUCCGCCACCGAAGAAGUUGUUGAAGAAGCCUAAGUCCCCCCGGAAAUGGAACCUGUUUGGACGUUCGACAACCCAUCCUUCCAGUAAGACCAAGGAGCCAGAGAAACCAAAGCCCGUCGCAGCACCAGCAAGCGGACAGAAGAAGUCGGUGGCAUUCUACACGAUGAUGGAUGCUUCUGAGCAGGAGUUGGAAGUUCUGCCAGAUGUGAAGCAGGUGCUUCGUGAAGCCCAGAGCCCGACACUACCUUCGCCAGCCCCGCAGGCCCCAAACCAGGAGAUACACCCAGCACUGCGAGACCAGCAUCGUACUGACAGGAUGAAGCCUGCCCAAGCAAAGACACCCAGAGCUCCACAGGUCUCGAAGAGCAUCCCGCCAGCGGCUGCAAAGGUCGAACCAAGGAAGGUUCCGACUCAACCGGCACGGACAGCACCAGCCUCGACAGCACCAGCGUCAACAUCCAAGCCAUCAGCAUCCAAGCCUCCAACAACUCGAUCAAAUCGCUUGCCCCAAGUUGGUCGUAUCCCGAAGGUUGCUAACUCGCGUACCGAACCAAACAAAUCAUUCUCCCGACCGUUCAACCGCAACAGCAUACAGCAGCAGCCACAGGCUGAGGUGCAGGACUCAGCCGCAGAAUUCGUCGCGAAAGGCCCUAGCCCACCGCGGUCACUAACUUCAGCUUCAGACUCAAAGACUGAGGAACAAAAAACCGUGAGAACAGAAAAGAAUGCACCGUCUUCGGCCUACCGGCUUUCCAGGGAUGUUCCGUCAGAAGCCAGCCGCUCCCAAAACGAGUUUCUCUCAUUCCCCCCGCGCAAGGAUUCGGAGGGCACCUCGACCACGUCUUCCAGCUGCUCCGGUAUGUUGAGCUAUUCUGACGCCACGGCCGUCAUCCCGGGACCAAAUGCUCCUUUAGCCGAGGACGAGGUGUGGGAUGAGUACAAUGAUCUCAUGGGCGAGGACGGUCUCAAAGUUCCCCCAUCAGCAGGCUCUUCGCAGGGCAAGCCAUUCCACCUUGAGAUGUGGGGAAGACAACUAGCCAACGACAAGAAUACUCAGCUAGAGUCCCCGACCAUAGACGCGUAUGUCGAGUCAGACUGCGAGACGGAGUUCGAGGCGGAAGCCCAGGAAGAGCCUGCUCCCAUGUCGUCGAGCGGUUACAGCUCAGGUCUCACUGCAAAGAUUGACGAGACUCUGGAGUCAAUCGGCGGGCAGACUGCCUCUUUCAGCAUGAGCGACUUUGUCAGCGGCUAUGGUGAUCGCAACAACAGCCUCAACUCCCAGUCUCAGCUCCAACGCACAAGCACUGCAUCGUCUCAGAAGGCACGCGUCAUCCGCGACUCUCAUGCAAGCGGCAGCAGCCAAGGAUCCGAUGACAACUCGGCCGUGUCGCAGGUCAACCUUCGUGUUGGCUCGAUGACCGUGAGCAAGUGGCUGACUUUUGGCCAUGUCCUCUUCAGCCCAGUCAGGGAUGAGCUGAUUCCCAUGACGGGGUCUCUCAAACGACACUCCAUCCUGGUGAUAGACGGUCUGGGAAACGAUGACUGGUCGUUCUACGCAGCCGAAACGUACCCUGCGGCUACGUUCUUCAACCUCUCUCCCCGCUCACCACUGCCAACUGAGAGCCAGGCCCCCUCUUCCGGUGCUCCUCUGAGUCCUCCCAACCACCACCAGAUCCAAUACAAAUCCCACAUGGACAGGUUUCCCUUUGGAUCUCAAAGCUUUACAUCCGUGGUGUACCGGUUCCCAUCAGCUGUGCCCGAGUCUCACUAUCGCAACAUCGUCUCUGAGGCUCGCCGCGUGCUGAAGCCAGGCGGAUACAUGGAGCUUUCGAUACUUGACAUCGACCUGAACAAUAUGGGAAACCGCGGCCGCCGAGCUGUUCGCCAGCUCAAGGAGCGAGUGCACAUCCGCUCACCCAACGUGAGCCUCGCCUCCAGCUCGGAUCUACUACUGCGUCUCCUCGGGCGCAAGGGAUUCACCGACAUCAAGACGUGCCGGCUUGGCGUGCCUGUCGCGAGUGCUCUUGCGCCGUCCGAGUCGUCGACGUCAGGCUCGUCAAGAACCGGUUCCAAGUCAGGCCCUGCCAGAUCUACGAGCGGCAAGGCUAAGAGGGACACACGCAGUCUCGCCGAGAUCAUCAGCGACGACGGACCCAUCGCCGACGAGAGCAUCACGAAGAUGGUUGCCAAGGUCGGGCGCUGGUGGUAUGACCGUUGUUACGAGAGCGUGGCCCCUGCUCCGGGCGGCAGGAGCAUGUGGAGCGAUCCGGCUCUUCUUGCCGAGUGCGAGGAGUGGAGGACCACUCUGAAGCUCAUGGUGUGCCAUGCCCGCAUGCCGGAGGCUCGUGGGCGCCUCGCCAGCAUCUGAAAUCUCUCAUCGGGCCAGUUGCCCGCUUCUUUUCCACUUUCGUUUCGAGCAUGCAUAGCGGACCCAAUGUUGUUUUUCGCUCUCGAUUUUACACAUCAUUUCAUCCAGGCUUAUCCACAUGACUAAAAUAUUCGUGGCUCCCCGGGCCAUGUUGAGCAGCAUAUAAGAUCAUGGGCGUGCGAAUCGAGAACCUGUCGUUUCAGGGUGUCAUCAUUAAUAUCUGAGAGCAAUCUCGAAAACACAAACAAAGACCAAGAGGGCGCGAGCCCAAAACUACUACCAAGGAUACACUCUGCGAGGAGUGUGCCUAUUUCCUGGUGUGGGAGUUGAAAAUUCAGGCCGAGGGGAAAGUUGUGCAGAGGUCACCGGUGACACAGGACAGUGGACCUCGAGGCAUUGGCGGGCCGAGAGAACUGAAUAUUUCCAAUCGAUGGGCCGGCACCAACACACACACAUAUUCGAGGUGUACGGCUUUCUGCCGAAUAUGACCUCUGGCAGGACCACAUUCUUUUUCUUCCCUUUGCUGCAGGAUGGCGGGAUCGACUUCAGCUGGAUUGAGGAUUUCAGGGGGCUGUAAACAAGACCUCCCCGCGCCGAGCAAAACUUGGCGCGGGGACUGGAACGUUUGUACGGCAGGAAACAAUAAUGAUGGGUAAUAUGGAUGGGUGAUGGGCUGGACACCGCUACACACUCCUUCUCCCUCGGCAAUCCGUCUACUCGUUACGAAGACACGUUCAAACGAGGUAAACACGAAAGGUCGGUCCAGGGAUUAUAGGACAACAGCACACGCUCUGGAUGAAACCUCGGAUUGGAUUUGCGGUGUGAGCCUGUUCGUUUGAACAGGACAACGGUAAUGAUCGUGCAAGUUAUUGUUAGUCAAGCAAGUCGAUAGAGAUACCCCAGUCAUUCAAUGCAACUGUCUUUACAGUCUCCACAAG